AACGAUUCCGUUUAGUUUAGCUGCUGCCACGAACGAAUUCGGACGUUUUGUCGACGUAACGCACCAGAGAAAAUCAACGAUCGUUUGAAGUUUCGAAGGAGCCAGGAAUCUGAACCGAUAGGCUCCCAACGAACCACCGAAACACUUCAUCUGCUCCCUGCCAAGAGUGUCGACAGGCUGGAAAAAAAACAGUUGCACUUCUUUCCAUCUUUGCCCGGUGCUUCGGAGUGAUGAAUGUGUUACCGGGGGUUCGACUAUGUCUGACUCCUGAGUGAGAUAUCUAAGUGUUGGAGUCUGACAAGAAGAAGUAGUGGUAGAGGCUGUGCAGGAUUCCGUCUUUACUGCAGUACACACGCGUAACCCGUGUCGAAGCUCGCAAACCACAGUGACAGUUCGUGCCGGCGGGAGGAUAAACAUUUCGUUGCCCCGAACACAAACCCAAAAGUGAACCAAUCGGAGUGUAACGGGUGGAAAUUGUAGUGGAAAACCAAGAGGAAACUAUUGCCACAGUAAACGAGUGAUCGGUGCUGUGUUGAAAGUAUCCAUCAGACGGUGGCGUUCCAGCAAAAAGGCAACGGGCGUGUACCGAACAUUUUGACACAUUCGCAAACGGGAACAGCUGUUCUUUGCUUGUGAUACAAUCCCAAAAGACUUCCACAACCGGUCAAUGUCAACACUGUACACCGACGCUCACUAGCCUCAUCAUUUCACAAUCAAGUGCUAAACACAGCUCGCCCGGUCCGAUUGCAGCAGCUGCCGCUCGAGCGUGUAGACAGCAGUGUACCAGUGUACCUUCCUUAAAAGUCUGAUACCUCCCAAAACAGAACCACCCAAAAAACACAAACAAAAAUGGCUUCCACCACAAACGCAACCACAUCGUCCAACUACUGGGACUUCCUGUUCACCGAGCUGGCCGAUCCGCGGACAAACCACUGGCCGCUGAUAUCUUCGCCGGUGCCAGGUUUAACCAUCAUUGCCAGCUACCUGUACUUUGUGCUCAACUUUGGCCCCAAGUACAUGGCCAACCGAAAACCGUUCCAGAUGCAGAAGACCCUGGUCGUGUACAACUUCAUUCAAGUGCUAGUCAGCAUAUAUCUGUUCGCUGAGGGUCUGGACGGUGCCUGGCUACGGCACUACAGCUGGAGAUGUCAACCGGUGGACUUUAACGAUAAUCCUGUCGCGAUGAGGGUCGCUCGCGGCUGCUACGUCUACUUCCUGGCGAAAAUCUCGGAGCUGCUGGACACGGUGUUCUUCACACUGCGGAAGAAAGACAACCAGAUUACCUUCCUGCACCUGUACCACCACACCGUGAUGCCAAUGAUCUCUUGGGGCGCUACCAAGUACUACCCCGGAGGGCAUGGAACCUUCAUCGGUGUGAUCAACUCGUUCGUGCACAUUGUGAUGUACACGUACUACAUGAUGGCCGCGAUGGGACCUCAGUACCAGAAGUACCUCUGGUGGAAGAAGUACAUCACCAACCUGCAGAUGGUCCAGUUCGGUAUGGCUUUCGCUCACUCCGCUCAGCUGCUGUGGACCGACUGCGGCUACCCACGCUGGUCCGUGUUCUUCACCCUCCCGAACGCGAUCUUCUUCUACAUGCUGUUCAACGACUUCUACAAAAAAUCGUACGGAUCUAAAAAGCCCGCCGCUGCCGCUGGUGCUGUCGCCGCCACCCCAGUCACUGCCACCGAUGCCACCGUCAAACCGAUCGAAAACAAUAACUCGCCAAAGGUCGCCAGCAAGGAGCUGUGAGGCAUGUCAGUCCCACCGGCUCGACGCCACCGAUCCACAAGUCUUCAACGUAAAACGUAACAAACCAACAAAACCAAUAGAUAUCAAACGGCGCCAUCACGUCGAGGUGAUGCCGGGCCCCAAAAAUCUUCCUACGCCGCAACCACAGCUCGACCGACUGUUCCGAUUGCAGCUGCAGCCCAUCGUACCAGCGGGACGGGACAGUGUUCCGUUUUCUCAACGUACCUUGAAUGUAGUACCAUGAUAGCCAGUGCGUGCUAGUUUGCCCAGAUUGCCUUCUUCCGGGUCAGAGGUGUGUGUGUGUGAUGCACAGAAAUAAGGAGAGCGAUCGAGGGAGAGCAGAGAAGAUGUCCCGAACGGAAGGAUAUCCAAGCGGCCAAAGCUCAACGGGGGAGGAAAAGGCCGCAUAGGGCGAGUGAUCGAUUCCGAAAUCGUACGGUUAGGUAGCGAUCUAGUGUAAUGUUAGCCAGUAAGAUUAUUUCGUUUUAUAAAGAAAAAUAAAUUAAUGAUACAACUGAAACAAACGA